AUGUCGUGGGGUUUCGACAACGUCGGAAACGCCGCAAACACAGGCGCACAGGUGAAUGCCUUGGCCGAUGCUCAGGAGAUCUUCCAGGACGCUCUCGGGUUCAAGGACAUUGGAGGAGAAACAAAAGUGCGCCUGUCGCAGCCAUGGCCAGAAGACAAGCAACCUCCAGCUUGGGCCUCACUCUUGUCCAUUGCCUCUGGUAAAGGACUCAUCGCCGCUGGAACUUCGCAAUCGGUCAUAUUGGUCUCGUCCGAGACGGUGCGGAAGACAUACUGGGAAAUUGAUGCCACUGGAUCCGAGAAGAAGCCCAAGGACAUUCCCCCUCAGCUCUCGCUCUCGGUCCCACAAGUCUCACACGUUGCCUUCUCGGCAGAUGAGAGUUCACUGGUCAUCGCUGCUCAUGAAGGAGGUGGCCUUGCCGUCUAUGACGUCCAAGCACUUCUUCAGGGAAACAAAGAUUCCGCAUUCCAACUGGCUACCAAUGGCAUCUCAGUCCGCGCACUCGCACCAAACCCAAGCCCCGACAAUGCUCAUCUCUUUGCCAUAGUCCUUACUGAUGGCAAGCUGAUGCUCGCUGACCUCAAGCAACGCUCGUUGAUCCACGCUGCCAAUGGUCCUGUCUUCCGUGAGGGUGUCAGAUGCGUCUCUUGGAGUGUCAAGGGCAAGCAGCUUAUUGCUGGUUUGCAAGAUGGCGGUGCUGAGCAGUUUGAUCCCCAGGGUAAUCUCAAGGCUCAACUUCCCAGACCAGCCCAACUUGAUCAAGCAACACCUAUGUCGAGUAUUGUCUGGAUCGCAAACGACGAUUUCCUGGUCAUCCACACUCCAGACUCAUCGGACGAGGCAGCAGACUCAACCUACCACAUGCUGCACAGAGAAAAGUCGUCGGGCGCCUUCACUUCCCAAAAACUUUCCGGAGAUCCAGCCUUGCCUGGCCUCGACGCCAAGCGGUUCCCUUCACACUUCCUUGUGUCAAGACUGAGGAAGUUCCCACCAAGCUUGGAUGACAUGGUGAUCCUCUGCUCCUCUGCUGGCAACGAGGCGGGUGUCAUUGCCAGCUCUUCGCAAUCGUUAGUGGCAGACGGACUUGCCAACACUUACACCGUCGCCAGUUUCGAAAGAGACUCGGCCCGUGCAACAUUCCCCAUGAGCAUUAUAGAUGGCAUGUCGGAUACGUCUUCCGUUGGAAUGGACCUUGAUCUUUCUUCAAGGGACAAAGUCAUGCAGCCCAUCCCAGGAGACGAUCUUGAGUCUUCGGGCCCUCUCCCAGCACUCAUGGUCUUGAAUAACGAAGGUCUACUUUGCACUUGGUGGAUUGUAUACAAGGACGCCGUCCGCCAAGGACUCUCCUAUCCCGGUCUCACGUCAGCGGCCUCUACACAAGCUCAGCCUGUACCCUCCGCUCCAGCUACGCCCGCUACGCCGGCUGUUACAGGCUUUGCAGCCUUUGGCAAAUCAUCUUUCGGCCAAGCACCCAAACCUGCAUUCGGACAAGCUUCUACACCUGCCUUCGGAAAGCCAUCGACACCCGCCUUCGGACAAGCAUCUACCCCAGCGUUUGGACAAGCGUCCACACCUGCAUUCGGACAAGCAUCUACACCAGCUUUUGGAAAGCCAUCAGCACCUGCCUUUGGCAAACCAUCUACACCCGCAUUCGGCCAACCUUCGCAACCUGCAUUUGGCGCACCUGGUGUGCCAGGUAUGGGUGCUGCCAGUGCUCUCGGAAACAAAACUUCUCCAUGGGGACAACCCGCUAGCUCCCCUACUAUCUCAACCCCGCCCAAGGGUCAGGUCUUUGGCUCUGCUCUGGGUGGCGCCACCGGGAACGCAACCUUUGGAUCCUCUAGUGGGCUGGGAAAUAAAUCACCAGUAUGGGCAACCUCAUCACCCGGUUCGCAGCCUGCUUUCGGAAAGCCCUCAGAAUCCGGUGCGUCUGGCUUCGCAAAGUUCAACGCACCGGCCAAGGACGAAAACAAGCCUUCUACAUCGCCUUUUGCUGGUAUGGGUAACAAAGAUCAGAACAAGGCUCCUGCCUCUCCGUUUGCAGCAUUCGCUCCUUCGAAACCCUCGCCGCUUUCUUUCGGUUUCGGCAAGCCUAGUUCUGCUGCUAUAACUCCUGAAAAGCCAGCAGAAGAGACCAGGGAGGAAAGCAUGGAAGAUGAGUCUGCAGAGAAAAGCCAGGAUGAGCCUACCACAGAGAAACCUUCAACCGAUGACGUCGAAGCUCCCAAGGCCCCUACAGCCACUUUUGGACAGUCAUUCGGAAAGCCACAGUCAUCUGUCUUAGGACAAACACCCGACAUUUCAAAGACCUCGUCGUUAUUCAGUUCGACUCCUGACAAGCCCAAGACUUCAACUUUGUUCGGACAAUCUACUGAUAGUCCCAAAUCUCCUGCAUCGGUAUUCGGAUUACCUGCCAAGCAGACCGGAUUUCAGUUUGGUAAGCCCUCUGGAAAACCAGCUUCUCCUCUUAGCAGAGAUUCGGAUAAAGCCUCCAAACUACCAACCUUGGGCGGCUUCAAACUUGGUUCCACGUUCCAAGGAGACGGAAGCGCAAAAGACGACUUGCCAGCUCCUAAGCAGGGUGGAGGAUCUCUGUUCGGAGCCGGUUUCAGUAACAUGCUUGGCGAAGCAAGCAAGGAGACAAAAGCAGCUACACCCGUCAAGAAAGAGCCUGGCACUGAGGUACCAAAGUUGAAUGACAUCCCAUCUCAGCAGGCUGAAGAGCCAGAAGAUGCUCCUCUCCCUCCAGACUUCACAUCAUCUAAACCAAAGCAGUCGGUGGAAGAAGAUGUGCCUCCAAUCGCAGGCAGUCCCCCUGUCGAUCUUGGCGAUGAAGCCGGUCAGCUGCCGGCAAGCGACGAUGACGAAGAGGAUGAGGAGGAAGAUGGAUCGUGGGUUCAGGAUGACGGUGAAGAGUCUGAGGGAGACGAAGAGGAGGGAGAUGAAGAAGACGAUGGAAAAUAUGACGAAGAAGACGACGAAGAUGAAGAUGAAGAUGAGAGCGAUACUGAGGAGCCAGAGAACACAUUCGGCACGGAGAAGGGCUCGAAGACCUCCUUUGGCUCUCGUCUCGAGUUUCCCUCGCUUUCUCACUCAACUGGCGACGCUAGCAAGCUGCUACGACCAAAGUCUCCAGUUCCCUCUACCACUCCGGCCGGCCUGCCUAAGGGACCCUUCUUUGCACCGCCAUCGAAAUCACAAGAUUCGCCACGCUCGCCUUCGCCCAUCAGACAAACCUCAAGCACCCCAGCAGGCCAUCCAGCAUCCAGACAACAAAUCACUGUGCCUUCGCUGAAAAAGGGACCUUCGUUCAAGAACUCCAAGUCGUCUUCUGCAAAGCGAUCCGAGUCACCUGAGGUUCCUGAUGCUGGUGAGCUUAGCGACGAGGAAGAUGUUCGCGUGCGUGAAUUGCUUGCUUCCGAAGUCGAGCCAUCCAUGGAUCUCGAGCCUUUCAUCGCCCAUCAAGACUAUGUCGGUCGUGUCAACAAGCUCGGCAUUGCAGGUCAGAUCGAGAAGGUCUAUCGUGACAUCAACAGCAUGAUUGACACGCUUGGCUUGAAUGCACGCUCGCUUGAGUCGUUCAUCAAGGGUCACGAGACUCAAUACAAACAAGCUGGCCGUGAACGCAGCGAUCUUGAGGAGGCCGAAGGAUGGUGCCUUGUUGAGAUCAACGAGCUUGGUGUCGUUCAGAAAGAGAUUGGAGAAGACCUCGAUGCCGGAAAGGUCGAUGGCGUCUCUCAAAAGCUCGAAGAACUUGCCGAGCUACAAAAGGAUGCUACAAAGCUGCGCACCAGAACUGUUGACAUGAGAAAGCAGAUUGGCGCGCGUGCCGAUCCCCAACAACGCGCGACCCACCGUGCUUCACCACUUACCAACGACGCUCAAAUACAGCAGAACGAGCUCAGGGAAGGUGUUGCCAAGGUACAGAAGCUGCUACAAGACGCUGAAGAGGCCCUCAGUGUUCUUCGUGCUGAUUUGGCUGCCGCACCUUCUCAAGGACCUGCUGCUCAGCGCGUACCUACCGUCGAGGCUGUCACCAACACCAUCAUGAAGAUGACUGCUAUGAUUGAGCAGAAAUCAGGCGACGUCGACGUCCUGGAAGCACAGAUCCGCCGCCUGCCUGGUGGACUUGCUAACCUCAACAUCUCUGACGGCAGCGAUGACUUCCUUCGUAGCAGUAUCCGUAGCGUCCGUCCUUUGGAGCGCUCGACUAGUGGCAAUCUGUUUGGUACACCACCUGCAACCCGCGGCAAGAAUGUCGCGAACGGCGCUACUCCUCUCGGUAUCUCGGGCAUGCUCGGUAGAUUCGGCGGCUCGUUGCGAAGGGACAACUCUGACACUGAGUUUGGACGCAGUAGUAUUAUGCUAGAAGGCACACCCCGCAGAAAGAUGGCGGAUGUGAGCGUCGACGAGGUCAGAAGAUACCAGGACAGAGCUGCACAGCGCAAGAGAGUGCUUGCCGCUUUGAAGCAGACUGUUGAGAAGAAGGGCACCAGAUUCACGGGUACUGGAAAGAACUAA